AUGGGCACAACCGGAGGUGGCAUGCUGAAACAGUUUCUAUCUGGCGCCACAGGCGGCACUUUGGAGUUCCCCGCCAAGUGUGGUCCGGUCGGCAACCUCCACCCUGCCACCAGUGAGGUGGACUUCCACGUUGUGGUAAGCAGCAGCCACAAGCAACAACAGGUGGUUCAUGUUCGACAUUGGCGGGGCGGCGUGCCACCCCCGGGGGCAGUGGACGAGCUGGCGCUGUUCGUGCAGCAGGACGCCGGCCGCAUAGAGCGGCUGCGGCGGCGCUACGGCGGAGGCGGCCCCGGGAGCGGCGGUGGCGGAGGGUCCGCCCCCGCGACUCCGAGUCCCGGGGGCGGCGCCGGGGGCGUGGGCGAAGAGGACCGCGACGACGACUACGGCUUCCAGCGGCGGCCGUCCGUCCGAGGCAUCAAGCCGCGCUUCGGCUCCACUUCGGAAAUCGUGAGCCAGGUGUGCCCCGGCCCCGGCGCGCCGCCCCCGCAGAUGUCGCGCGCCGGCUGGCCGCCCGCGGCCGCCCCCGCCGCCUCCACGGCCGCCCCCAGCGGCGCCGCCUCCCCGCACGACGUCGCCCCCGCGGCCGCCCCCGCGCCGCUGCCGCAGCCCGGCAGGAGGGCGGGGGUGCUUCUGACGGGGGCGAGCAGGCCGCUGCAGCAUCCCGCCCACGCCUACCAGCCCGCGAUGCCGGUGCUGCGAGAGGAGGAACUGGCGUGCUGCUACCGCCCCCGUGGGGGCUCGCAGCUGCUGUACGCCAGCACGGGCGACCUCUACCAGGCGCUUCCGCCCCCGGCCGCCUCCGGCGCCGUGUUCACGCCGCCCAGCGGUUCGCCGCCGCUGACCGUGGCGCCCCACGGCCACGCCCACCCCCACCCCCACCCUCACGGCCGGAUGGUGGCGGACCCGCACCACGCUUACGCCGCCUACCACCACCCGCACCACCACCACCACCAGCCGCACCACCACCACCACCCGCACGCGGUGCCGCCCCCGCACCCGCACCACGUGCUGGUGCAGCAGCCGGGCGCCGUCUUCCGCCCCCACCGCGCGCCCGCCGGCGGCCCGCCCCCGGCACCACCGCCCCCGCCACUGGUGCAGAUGCGUCUGCUGUCGCCGGGGUCCGGCGCCGGCACGCCGCCCCCGCAGCAGCCGCUGCUGCCCCCGGCCUACGACCAGCCGCCGCCCCCGGACUACUACGCCGCCCCCGGGCAGCAGCAGCAGCGGCUCGUCAGGACCGUCAGGCUGCCCUACUCGCCGCAGCUGCAGGUGCACCUGACGGCGGGCCGGGCGGGCGCGGGGGCGGUGGCAGCGGGGGCGGGCCGCAGCGACUCCCCGCAGCUGCACGUGCAGAGGGCCAGCCCCACCGGCGCGCAGCUCGGCGUCGGCGUCGGGCUGGGGGUCGGCGUCGCGCCGCCGCCCUACAUGGUGGCCACCCGGGGCACGCAGACGCUGCCGCCUCCCAGGUUCACGCCCCCUCCACCGGUGCACACCACACCGGCUUCAGUGCCGAAUGUGCAGAAGCCGCCGAUGCCGCAGCAGCAGCAACAGCAACAGCAACAGCAACAUCAACAGCAGCAGCAGCAACAACAACCGCCACCACCAGCCACGCAGCAGCCGCAGCCGCAACAACCGGCGGCAGUCCGCGCCUGUGUCGCGGGCUCCUCGUCUUCGUCGUGUGCGUCGUCACCCACGCGGCCGCCGUCCAAGCAGGAGAGGGGGGUUCCCGAGGGAUGCGCCGCCCAGCUGCCGCAGGACGCCCUGGAGGUCUGGAUUUAUGUGCCCUUCUACUCCAAAUGUCAAAUUGCACGUGUGACACAACAAGUUCAUUCCGCAUAA